GUCCACGGUUUAUUCGUCAUUGCUCUCUCUCUCUCUCUCUUCUUUACAAUUUCUCCGGCGACCUGCUUCGGGCCGGCGACUCUCUCUCCCUCUCUCUCGCGGGGCGCUUGGUUUCUAUUACGGUGGAGGCGAGAAUCUGUUGCAGACGGAAGUCGAUUUCUCGUGAUUCUAAGGGAGAAACUUCACGGGGAAUUCGGCGGGGUUGAAAUUUCCGGGCGGCUGUUGGGGGACUAGUUUUGUUUCGUGUUCGUGGCAGAUCUUCCUGCAUAUUUUCAGUGACACAAACUGACACAAACGGAGGGUGGCUUAUUGUUUGAACAAUUACUGGACGCGGUGGCUCUCAGUGGGAAAACCGCUUACUUCUCAGCACAUACUAAAAAGUUUGCAUUUUUAGCUGCAUGAGCGUCAUGGUUUCACAAUCGUGUACGAAUCUUUUAGGUUUGGUUACUGGGGAUCUAUUAAAUUAUCCCCAGCCAGUGCCACGUCCUCUUCCUCGUGUGAUGACAGUCCCAGGGAUUAUAUCAGACUUUGAUGAUGUUGAUGAUCGGAAUAAUGGGGCAUUGGAGGCCCUGUCUUCUCCUUGUCCGGAAAGGAAAAUCAUCGUAGCUAAUCAACUUCCUCUGCAUGCGCAGUUUGAUGAAUCCAGUAGAACAUGGAACUUCAGUUGGGAUGAGGAUUCAAUUCUUCUUCAACUGAAGGAUGGUUUCCCCUCCGAUGUUGAGGUUAUUUAUAUUGGCUGCCUCAAGGCUGACAUAGAUCCAAGCGAGCAGGAUGAGAUUGGCCAAAGGCUUCUGGAUAAUUUCAAAUGCGUCCCAACAUUCCUGCCAUCGGACCUUGAGACAAAGUUUUACCAUGGCUUUUGCAAGCAGCAGCUGUGGCCUCUUUUCCAUUAUAUGCUACCAUUAUGUCCAGACCAUGGCGAACGCUUUGAUCGGUCUCACUGGCAAGCUUAUGUGUCUGCUAAUAAGAAGUUUGCCGACAAGGUUGUAGAGGUGAUUAAUCCUGACGAAGACUAUGUUUGGGUUCAUGAUUAUCAUCUCAUGAUUCUCCCUACCUUUUUGAGGAAACGUUUUCAUAGAGUGAAGCUGGGCUUUUUCCUUCACAGUCCGUUUCCAUCAUCAGAGAUUUACAGGACACUGCCUGUUCGUGAUGAAAUUUUGAGGUCAUUGCUGAACUCAGACCUGAUUGGAUUCCACACAUUCGACUAUGCUCGGCAUUUCCUGUCCUGUUGCAGUAGAAUGCUGGGCCUCGAUUAUGAAUCUAAACGAGGCUACAUUGGUCUGGAGUACUAUGGUCGCACGGUGAGCAUUAAAAUUCUCCCUGUGGGAGUCCACAUGGGCCAGCUUGAGUCUUUACUUGACCUUCCUGAGACAUCUUCCAAAAUCAAAGAGAUUCAGGAGCAGUUUAAAGGAAAGACUUUGAUUCUGGGCGUAGAUGACAUGGAUAUCUUCAAAGGCAUUAGUUUGAAGCUACUGGCAAUGGAACAAUUGCUGGAGCAACAUUCUGACCUCAGAGGGAAAUUAGUCCUGGUUCAGAUUGCCAACCCUGCCAGGAGCUCAGGGAAAGAUGUUUAUGAAGCAAAGAAUGAAACAAGUUUGAUUGCAGAGAGGGUCAAUGAGAAGUACGGCUAUCCUGGUUAUGAGCCUGUGGUAUUGAUUGAUAAGUCCAUACCACUCUAUGAAAAGAUCGCUUUCUUUGUUGUUGCAGAGUGUUGUGUGGUGAAUGCAGUGAGGGACGGGAUGAAUUUGGUUCCAUACACAUAUGUUGUCUGCAGGCAGGGCACAGCAGAGUUGGACAGAGCCAUGGGUAUUCCUCCUGGGACCAGAAAGGAGAGCAUGCUUGUUGUUUCUGAAUUCAUUGGUUGCUCACCAUCUCUGAGCGGAGCAAUCCGGGUGAACCCGUGGAAUAUUGAUGCUGUUGCUGAUGCCGUGAAGACAGCCAUAUCUAUGGGUGAUACUGAGAAACAUUUGCGACAUGACAAGCACUACAGAUACGUCAGCUCGCAUAAUGUGGCUUAUUGGGCCCGUAGCUUUGAUCAGGACUUGGAAAGAGCAUGCAGAGAUCACUUCACUAAGAGGUGCUGGGGGAUUGGCUUCGGUUUAGGCUUUAGAAUUGUCGCGCUGAGUCCCAAUUUCAGGAAGCUCUCCGUUGAUCACAUUGUUUCUGCAUACAGACGAACCAGUAGAAGGGCCAUAUUUUUGGAUUACGAUGGCACUAUGAUGCCUCAUACUUCCAUCAAUAAAACCCCGAGUGCUGAAGUAAUAUCACUUCUUAAUAGCUUGUGCAAUGAUCCUAGCAAUACUGUGUUCAUUGUAAGUGGAAGAGGGCGCGAUUCUUUGGGUGAUUGGUUCUCUCCUUGUGCUUCUUUGGGCAUUGCUGCAGAGCAUGGAUACUUUGUCAGAUGGCACAAAGAUUGGGAGUGGGAAUCGCCUUCUAUAGCUGCUGAUUUUGAUUGGAAACAAAUUGCUGAACCUGUAAUGAGGGUGUACACAGAGGCAACGGACGGCUCUUCAAUGGAAAUUAAGGAGAGUGCGUUGGUUUGGCACCACCAAGAUGCUGAUCCUGAUUUUGGUUCUUGCCAAGCCAAGGAAUUGCUAGACCAUCUUGAAAGUGUUCUUGCAAACGAACCUGUGAUGGUUAAAAGAGGCCAGUUCAUUGUUGAAGUGAAGCCACAGGGUGUAAGCAAAGGCCUUGUCACCGAGCUUAUUCUUUCCACAAUGUCGAACAGUGGGGAAACGCCAGACUUUGUGAUGUGCAUUGGGGAUGAUCGAUCGGAUGAAGACAUGUUUGAGAGCAUUGCAUCUGCUGUUCCCACAGCAAGAGACCUUUUUGCGUGUACAGUUGGUCAGAAGCCAAGCAAAGCAAAAUACUAUCUCGAUGAUACGGUACAGGUCAUAAAACUGCUCCAUGGUCUUGCUGCUGCAUCGGCGCAAUCACCAAAACGGCCAUCCCUUCAGGUUUCAUUUGAGAGCGCUGCUUGAUGCCAGGUCCAGCAGCACUGGUAUACAUAAUAGAACUGACAGCGUAUUCGGGGAUGAUAGCGUUUGUUAGCUCCAUUUUGGAAUACAUGAAGGGGCUAACCUACAAAAUUUAAACAUACAUCUGGUGGGGCUGUUCCAUUUGCCAAGGUUUGACAUGGUGGAGGAGCCCAAGUUUUGAUAGCUCCAUUUUGGGUGUUUCCCUGGUGAAAGGAAACCGAUGAUUGUUUACUUGGGGGUUUGGAUGUCAACAAGGGAUGGUGAAGGAAAAUUUAGAUGAAAAGAAAAGAAGUUAGCACAAUAGUGUUUGAUUGCCAAAGUUUACAAGUUGUGAUUAUCGUUUCAUAGUUUUUUAUGGCUUCAUUGAUUUGUAUAGACUUUUAUUUUUCAAAAAUAUAUAAAAUUUAGCUCUCUCUCUCUCUCUC